CAAGGAGAACAAAUCGGUCUUGAAGGCUUCCGGGUUCUCGUUGCACCAUUCUUGAUCGUUUACGUCAUCAAACCGCGAUAACUCAUUAGCAUAUGUGAAUGGUUGACCAUCAAUGCAUUCGAUAUAAUUCUUUAUGGAAAAUCUUUGGGCUCUUCUCUCCCCAGUGUGGCCGCGGAGGAUCUGGGAUCAGAAGAACAUUGGUUCGGCUGUGUUUUUCCUACAUUUAACUGGUUUGUUUUUUCUCUCUUAUGGUGUUUCGCUUCUACUGGUUAGGAUAUGGCGGAUCAUCGCAUUGCGCUGCUACCGGUGCUACCAGUGCUACCAGUGCUUCCACUGGUGCUACUACUAGCUUUCAACUCUCUUGUGUUUAUUAUUUAUGGCCAUGCUUUUCGGGCUUCCAC